UGAGGACUCGAGCAGGUAGGUGUGUGUAUUGAGAGAGUGAGAGAGAGAGACUCGCGGGCGACUUGUUUGCUGAGGAUAUUGGAUUUCUCUAUUCAUCGUCGUUAGUUCUCUGAGGACGUCAAAUGCGCUGACCAUCCCCGCUGUAGCCUGUCACUCGCGGGGUUGUCUGGCCGUGGACAAAGACUGGACCGGACAGCCGUGAUUGUUAAAAAAAAAAAAGGAGCCGGUACAUUACCACACCUUUAUUGCGCGUUGAAGGCACUAUAUGAACUGUCCGCUAACGAAGGGACUCUUGAAUGGUUUUCAGUUGGAUUUUAUUUUACGCGUAUUUUUCUGUGAAGGUUCGGGAUCUUGCUCAAGAAUAAGCGCGUUUUAGAAGAUCAAAACCAUUGAAUGACCACACGAAUAUAUGUGCUACUGUAAACCAAGACAUUAACCUGAGUAGACCCCAACGUCAUUCCAUUGUGGCUUAACACAAAUCAGCUUUCUUGGAUCUUACUUUUGUUAGUGGAUUUUUGGAUAAUAGAUUUUUCUCCCACGGAUCUUUGGAUUAACAUAACUGUAGAAUUAAUAUAAUACACGGAAUACUCACCACGAGGAAAGAUGGGGAACAGUGUCUAGUACUGCCAGGUUAGGAAUGCCCCAGACUGUGUUCCCAGCAGCAGGCACCAUGUUCACCCCCAGUGGCUUCAGCCCCCACCUGGCCUCCACCUGCUCUGAGGCUGACCCUGAGGAGGAGGAAAGCCCCCAGGAGGCCCGAGGGCCUGGGGCUUGCCUGGUCGACGGACCCCCCAUUACCUCCGCCUCUCUGGACACUCUCAUCCAGCACCUGGUGCCCACCGCAGACUACUACCCAGAGAAAGCCUAUGUGUUUACGUUCCUGCUGAGUGCUCGUCUGUUCAUCACUCCCCCUGAGCUGCUGGCCAGACUCUGUGAGACCUGCAUCAAACAACAGCAGCUGGACCAGAGUCCACUGGACACGGCUAAAGUGAGGAAGUUUGGUCCCAAGAUCCUGCAGCUGCUGACUGAGUGGACAGAGACGUUCCCCACAGACUUCAGAGAGGAGAAGAUGGUGGGACUGUUCAAAGAUAUCAUCCACAGGAUAGCACCCUGUGAUGAGUCUAUAUGUCCUCUCCAGGCGUAUUGGAAGACACUGAACCAGGUUCUGCAGACCCUGAACCAGAAGCUGGCAGCCAUCGCCCAGGGAGAUGAGAGCAUUGUCAAAGUGAAUGCCUCCUCAGUCUCAGACAAGCUGGUGGCCUUCAAGACCAAGCCUCCACCUAUCCAGAAGGACAUGCUGUCUAUCUGCAACGACCCCUACACACUGGCACAGCAACUCACCCAUGUGGAACUGGAACAUCUCAGUCAUAUUGGUCCUGAGGAGUUUGUCCAAGCCUUCGUUCAGAAAGAUCCACUGGAUAGCACUCAGCAGCCGUGUUUCAGUGACCAGAAGAAGAAGACCACUAACCUGGAGGCUUACGUCAGGUGGUUUAACAGGCUGUGCUACCUGGUGGCUACUGAGAUCUGCAUGCCUGCUAAGAAGAAACAGAGAGCCCAGGUGAUUGAGUUCUUCAUCGACGUGGCCAGAGAGUGCUUCAACAUCGGCAACUUCAACUCCCUCAUGGCCAUCAUCUCUGGUAUGAAUAUGAGUCCUGUGUCUCGGCUGAAGAAGACGUGGGGUAAAGCCAAGACUGCCAAGUUCUUCAUCCUGGAGCAUCAGAUGGACCCUACUGGAAACUUUUACAACUACAGGACAGCACUUAGGGGAGCCGUCCACAGGUCCCAGACUGCUAAUAGCAUCAGGGAGAAGAUUGUGAUUCCCUUCUUCAGCCUACUGAUCAAAGACAUCUACUUCCUGAAUGAGGGAUGUGCCAACCGCUUGCCCAAUGGCCAUGUACAUUUUGCGAAAUUUGUGGAGUUGGCUCGUCAGGUGGGAGAGUUUAUGACGUGGAAACAGAUAGAGUGCCCGUUUGAGACAGACAGGAGCAUCCUCCACUACCUCCACACUGCUCCCAUCUUUAGUGAAGAUGGCCUAUACCUGGCAUCCUAUGAGAGUGAGAGCCCAGAGAACCAGGUGGAGAAGGACAGAUGGAAAGCACUCAGGUCUAAUAUUCUGGUGAAGACAAAAGAGCUAAAAGAGCACCAUGGCAGCUAACCCUCAGGCCAGCCCAGCGACGGAGGGAGGGAGGGAGUGUACUCAUUGCACUACAACAAACUGUGAAGGAGCCUAGCUGGUACCGAAGUGUUUUUCUACACAUGAAGAAUAGAAGUGAUGAAACAAUAAUGAUGAACAGGAUUCAUCAACAACAUGACCAGUAAAAACACAAUAGAAGAACAAAGGUCAACAAGCAGUGAAAGGUGAAGCUACUGUAUGGACACUAACUGGAGUAUAAUGCCAUUACCUUUGGUUUGACUAUUGUACGUAAGGGAUAGAUCAAUCCCGCAAUCUUGGUGUUUAUUUACUCUCUCUCUCUCUCAUCUUUCUUUCUUUUGCUCUCCCUCUCUGUUUCUCUCUCAUCUUUCGUUCUC